AUGGACCUCUUAACUUAUAUCCUGCUAACUCUGAUCCUCCUUCCUCUGUGGAUCACUCUCUACUACUUCAUCCCAUACCUCACCACCUUCUCCCCUCUCCACUCAUUUCCUGGCCCUCCUUUCGCAAAGUUCAGCAAUCUAUGGCUAGCCUAUCACUCUCGCCGCCGCAAACGCUACUCCGCCAUUCACUCUGCUCACCGCAAAUACGGCACCCUCGUCCGCGUUGGCUACAACCACAUCUCCAUUGCUUCUGAAGAAGCCAUCUCCCUCGUAUAUGCCCACGGUACUGGAUGGCUGAAAUCGGAGUUUUACGAUGCGUUUGUCUCUGGAGUGCCUGGUGUAUUCAAUACCAGAGACAGAGCACAACAUGCGAGGAAGAGACGAGUGGUGGCACAUGCCUUCUCCCCUGGUGCUGUGGGGAGAUUUGAGCCUUAUAUGGCCGAGGACCUCGAGACUUGGGUGGGGAAAUUGGAUAGCAUUGCGAAAGAGGCAGAAGAGGAAGGGAGUGAGUAUAAGAGUGUCAAUAUGAUGCCCUGGUGCACGUAUAUCGCUUUCGACAUCAUCGGACACUUGGCUUUUGGAAAGGCAUUCGGAAUGGUGAAGACAGGCAGAGAUGAAUGCGUUUCUCAGCGGCCCGAUGGCUACAUGACUCGCAUCGCUGGAGCAGAGACACUGAACAGACGAGGCGAGGUCUCUGCAACUCUGGGAUGGAUGCCUGCACUACGGCCUUUUGCGGAGUUCCUCCCUGAUGCUUUUUUCAGCAGGGGUCUGCAGUCAGUCAAGGAUCUCCACGGUAUCGCCGCGUUAGCAGUUUCUCAACGCUUGGACGCUGUACAGCAGGAGAUGGCCAAGGAGUCAGACAGACACGACAUCCUGGCCCUCCUCCUCAAAGCCAAAGACCCCGACGGUGAAGCUGUGCCAUACGAAGAAGUGGUCUCAGAAGCAUUGACGCAGUUGAUAGCUGGCAGCGAUACAAUCUCCAACACCGCCUGUGCAAUCAUCUAUUUGAUUCUUGCUGGCGAGCGGGAUGCCCCUGGAACCAUCCUUCCUCGCUUGCAAAGAGAACUAGAUGCUGCGAUUCCUGGCAAUGAGAAGGUGGCGAUGCAUAAGCAAAUUAAGAAUGCGGAGUUUCUAAAGAGGUGUAUCCAUGAGGGGAUGCGGUUGCACUCGACUUCUGCACUUAGGCUACCGCGCAUCGUCACUUCUGCUGAGGGAGUAUGCUUCGAAGGGCAUCACUUCCCAAUGGGUACGGUGUUGAGCGUGCCUAGCUUUACACUUCAUCAUGACCUGGAUAUCUGGGGAGAUGAUGUGGAAGUGUUCAAUCCUGAUCGCUGGCUUCCCGAACGCCUUACACAAAGGCAGAAAAUGGCGUUCAUUACUUUCAGUCAUGGACCCAGGGCUUGUGUGGGACAGAACGUGGCGAUGAUGGAACUGCAACUGAUUGUGGCAACACUGUUCAGACGGUAUGAUCUCGAGCUGCAGCAGGAGGAGCUGAAGUGUUCGGAGGGGUUCACGAAGAAGCCUGUUGAAUAUUGGGUAGGGAUCAAGCGGAGAGUAUGA